AGGCAGAACAAAAUGUUAAUCUAAAAAUCUUAAGCUUUCAAUCCCAUCGUUGACAACAUUUGUAACAAUUCCACUGCUUGAAGAUCAUCCAGUACUCAUUAUUUAAGGCCCUACAGCCUGUACUCGAAUCCUGCCUUGAUUUCGGACAACAGUCUUUUGGGACAAUAGCUUAUCAUUUAACCUCCCACUGUACUACUGGAAUCAUCUCUCGAAAAAUGGCGGACCAAGAAGGUUCUGGAGAUCCAGAGAUGUUAAACCUUAUCGCGGGCUUUGAGUCCGAAUACGAUCGAAGGUGUGCGCUGAUAGAGAAAAGCACAAUACACUUCAAUGAAAAUCUCUUGCCAGCUGCGCUUAAGAAAGAGUUUGUCCGGCUCCACGAUCGUCCCAUUUACAGGAUGAAGACGAAGGAAUCAGCUGUCCAAUCCGUCAGGAAAAGAAACCUUCACAGACUCGAAAUGGAAAGAAUUAGAGACGACAUGGAAGCAAAUAACUACAGCUGGGAGGACUACUGGGGCAAUAGUCCAAGACUCGACGACUACGGCAAAUUCAAGAACAUCGACGCAAUGUAUGGAAGUCUUCCCGACAUUGGCGGUAUCCGGAUCCUUCUUUAUUUCCCGGGCGAUGUUGACAAGGUCGAAAAAUGCCUUCAAGAUCACCCUGACAUUAAACUAGUGGGAAAAUACCGGAGGGCUCAAGGCAUUACAAGGGACCUGUUCGACAUGAAAAUCUUCCUCGCUGGACUGAAAAAACGCAAGGCUCCCAACAACCCUGAGACCAACAAUGCCAAUUUCCCAGGAUAUCAAGCGACCCAUUUUCACGUCAGGCCUCACCCAAAGGAGGGAGAGAAAGAAGUUGAUUUCAUCAUUGAGAUCCAGGUGAGAACACUUGUCAUGAACGCGUGGUCUCAAGUCGAACAUGGGAUCAUAUACAAAGCAAAAGAUGAGGUAGACAAUGAGAUGAGAGCUAUUCUUGAUAUGUUCAAUGGCAUUACCAUGGUUGGAGAGAGCGCACUGCAGCAGCUCGACGACGUGGAAAAACGCAAGAGUAUGCAAAGGCAGAAGAGAAGGGAAGAAUUUGCUGCCCACAUCUAUGAUGUAGGGAAGUGGAUAGGGGAGUACUGUGAAGAAAUCGAACCUGGAACAAAACUACCAGGAAACCGCGAAACCUGGCGUUACCUCGACAAGCUCUUCCAGUUCCUCAAGGCAAGGGGAGAGCAUAGUUCCGGGAAACUGAAGGAAAUCCUUGGGGAUCUCUUGAAGAGCGAUACCAAGAAAACCUAUCUCAACAAGGAUCUACCACUGUUCAUGCUCAGACAAAGAUGCAACAAUCACACAGGCCAGCCCAUUACACUCAAAGAUCUUCUUACAACAUCUCUCGACGAAACAAAAAGCCUCGAUGGGCCGCGUGCCAGAGCAAUGGCCUUACGGGUUGUGCACUGUCUGAAUGUAGCCGAAUCCCUAGGAGUCGGGGAACUCUUCAUAAGCAUUAUGAAGGAAGUCGUUGGGCCAAAGGACAGGCUGCCAACGCUCUUGGACUUUUUGAAUAUUCUACAUCCAGAUCACUGCAAAUAUGAGUGGCGUUCGAUGACGAGACUUCUAGAAUUCUGCGGGAAUUUCCUCAAUGCAGAGAAGUUCCGCCUCGCCAUUGAGAGGAGCGAAGCGUGUAAAGAUCUCUCCAAAGCAGCACUUGUGGAGCUUUCUCGCAGCAUUGUCGAAGCAGGUUGCAUCGCCAAUCCCAUUUUCAAUUCUGGGGAAACCGUCUCAAACACAACCGAGAAAGCUUCCGCACAGCAGGUCAACAUACCAAGGAUCUUGUGCAUAUUGACCAGGGAUACGGAUUUCACCCACUGGGUCCCAGAUUUAUACCACGUUGCUCAACAUUGGGGAAUUCGCAGCGCGGACUCUUCUUCUUCUUUAUCAGACAGGGAGAGGCAAGAGUUAAUUAAGCACCGCCGUGCCGUUCAAACAGCAACAGGGUGGAAUCCUGUGGACGUUCUGGGAUACAAUAUCACAGAGAUCAUAGACGAUAGAGCUCAGGAUGACAGGCUAAGACAAAUGCCUAAGGUUGAGAUCGAACUAGAAAUUUUGCUUCUGUCGAGACCGCAUUAUAAAUGGGUCCUGAGACACAUCUCAGAAGGUCAAUUCGUACGCGAAUUUCAUAUUGACAAGGAGGCCAAGCAGCGUCGAAAUCACUCCGGCCACUUCGUCUCCAUCAAUGAUGCCUCGAUUAACGAACCAAAGUGGUCUUACAUGCCGGUAGUGCCCGAGUGGGAGCUGGUGGAUCUCGGUAACUCGCCCGUGAGCGAGAAUCUAACAUUCGAGCCGUUCGAGCGUAAGAAAAGCGAAUUUGAGUGUUUCUUCGAUUCGUUGCUACCUUCCUCCGCGCCAAUCCGGAGGGUCGACACCGAAAACAACACGGACUCAUGGAUAUUGACACUAGAGGGCAAGAGCCUCUCAAUAAAAUCGACUAAGCAGUGGUAUAUUCUUGCCGAAGCGAAAACAUCACGCCGAGACAGCGACGUGACAGUGAUUCGAAGAUCUGAAACACCACAAGAAGAACAGUCCCAAGACAAGACCUCCCAGAACGAGACCUCCCAGAAUGGGACCGCCCUGUAGAAUGGGACGCCCCGGAACGAGACCCCCCAGAAUGGGACGCCUUGAGACGAAGCGCAGCAAAACGAGACGUCUCACGUCGAAGCGCAGCAAAACGAGGCUUCCAGGUCGAGUUGCAGCAAAACGACAAUACUUCCACGUAGUUCAACGAGACUCUCCAUCCCAUCGUGAUAGCGACACGAUCGAUGUCUUUGGUAACGGGCUCCACAACAACCACUUUUUCAAGUGCAACGCGUGGGAACA